AUGAAAAAAAUACCUCAACAAGACCAUCCUCCGGAUACGGAAGGGAGUAAUUUGCUUGCUGACAGGAUUUUUGUGUUAGAGAGAGCAAUUGAAACCUACCAAAAGGAAAACAAUAAUCUCCGUGACUAUCUUCAACAACUUGUAAAUAUAUGUAAUGGUCACCCGUUAUUGAAUAAUAAUAAUAAUAAUCCCAUCAAACCUGUAAAUAAUAAUCUGAUCAAUACCCAACCAUCAGAAAAUGAAAAUCUAUUUAUUACUAGAAAUCCAGUAAAUGUUAGAAAUCUACCAACUAGUAGAAAUUUAAUUAAUGGUGGAAAUUUCUUGACUGAGACAGUUCAAAUAUGCGAUAGUAAUCCUAAAAAUAGAACUGUCAGUUAUGCUGAUAUUACAAGAUUAGCUCCUAUUAAAGCUCAGCCAUCUAUUAAGAAAACAAUAGCAAAACAAAAAUCAACAACUAAUAAGAUGAAAAGAAAUAUGGCAACUAAUACUAGACCUAACAAACGUAAAUCUAAUUACAAUCUUAAUCAAAUAAUUAAUGUAAUUUGCUACAAAGAUGUUACUAACGAAUUUGUUGAACAAAUUACAGACCUACUCGGUGACUCUGUAAUCAUUAGAGUUAAUCGAUACUGUAAUAAUAUUAUUAAUGUAAUUUGCCCUGAUGAAACCAGUUAUAAAGAGUGUUUCAAUCAAUUAGUGCAAGGAAGUCAUGGAGGAAAAUUCAUAUUAGAAUGCUUUCCAUCUCCAGCAAUCUUUAAUCCUAAACCUUUAGCACUUUCACAUACUACUUCCAGUAAAACUACUCACCUUAAAAUGCUAGAAAAUAUUAUUAGCAAAUGUAUAUUGGAAGAUAAUAUUUCUGUUGAGGAACUCUACACUAACUAUUCUCAUAACCAAUUUAUAAUUAGAAUAUCAUUUGAGGAUCAAACUAUUUGCUCUCAAAUGGCACAAAAUCUUGAAUCUAGUAAUUUGGUUACCUUGAGACCUUACUUUAGUAAGAGUAAGAGAAAGAAAAUAUAUGAAGAAAUUAAUAAGUCUCCUAUAGAUAAUUUCAAAGAGUUAAAUCAAGCUAUCUUGACUCAAAUUAACAAAUAUGGCUCCAAAACUGAUAGAUUAGGUGUUGGUCGAAUCUCAACAGCCUAUAAAGAAGAAAUUCAAGAUUUGGAAGAAGAAAUUCUUCACAAAUUAAAUAAUGAAACUAUUUCUCAAUCAGAAAUAUCUGAAUUACAAACAUUACUGAAAGAAACUCAUAUUAAAAAUGGAAAACAUAUUAAGGAAAAAUUGAUAGAAGAAUUCAAUGAUAGAACUUCAUCUAAAAUGUAUCAAUUUGAUAGAAUGGUUCAUUCCAAAGAAAUUAAAUGGAAAGAUAUUAAUUUCGAAGAAGAGGAAAUUUUAGAAUACUUUACAAAUAAGUUUACCUCGACUAAUCAACUUCCAACAUUCAUUCCAAGUAGAUCAACUAUUAAAGAAGGACCAAAUUGGACCAACUCGAUCCAUAUAGAAGAAUUGGAAAAAGCUUUAAAACAUAACCUUAAACAAAUUAUUCACGCUAAAGCUAUUAGCUUAUUUACACACCUUUCUAAAAUUAACUUAAUUCCUCUGAAAAAGGCACAACAAAUUGAUAUAGCCAUUAGAGGAGCAAUUAGAAGAAAACUAUAUAUGGACAGGAAAACACCAACCAGCUUAUUCCACUUACCAUUAGAAAAAGGUGGAUUAGGACUACCAUCUAUUGUAGAAUUUUCUGAAAGAAUGAACCUAAGAACCAUGACCUUAAUUGCUAACAGUAACAAUUUACUCGUCAAGAAAGCUUUCAAACAUGGUAUCAAGCACUGUGAGGAAACGAAAGACAAUAUUUAUUCGAAAUGGCUACUAGUACUAAAAGAAUACAACCUCACACUUAAGAAAAAUGAAAUGAAAUUCAAGUUGAAAAAAAUCAAAACAGGAAAUAAUUUUGAUAUUCACACUGACGGAUCAAGACUCGAAUCAAAGACUGGAAUGGGGAUUAAUAUCUAUGAUUGCUCCAAUAUGAACACUCCAGUUAGAUCUUUAUCCCUCCAUAUUAAUGAUCAAUAUUCAAAUAAUGUAGCUGAAAUAUGCUCUAUUAUUACAGCAGCUAAAGUUAUCCCAAGAGACUCCAAGAUUAAAAUCCAUACUGAUAGUAAUAAAGUUGAAGCUCAUAAGGAUAAGGAAAAUAUCAAAGUUGAUUUAUUGGCAAAGAAUGCAACUCUGAAACCUAAAAUCUUUGAUAUCCGUAAACUACUCUUUAAUCAAUAUAUCCUCACAAAGAACGAUAUUAUAAUCUUUGACUAUAAGAGGUUAACUACCUCACAACAUUUAAGGCUAAUGCUUGACAAGAUAGAGAGUCACCCCAAUCACAUACCUAACCUAGAUUGGAACUCUAUCAACGUCAGCUACCUUAAAUCCCAUUUGUCUCCUAAAUCUAAAUAUUAUAUUUGGAGAAACUCUUCAAAUGCCCACAUCAAUUUUGGUGAGGGUAAAAGUUUCUGUCAUGAUUGUAACACAGAAUCUGACCUUAAUCACUAUAUUCAUGAAUGCCCUGCUCUGGAUAGUGCCAGAUACUUUUGCUUGUCAAAAAUAUCUGAUAUUCUUGAUCAGAGAGAGUGUAAACUCACUCAUAUUCAAUUCAGACCAGAAAAGCAUCACCAUGUACUCUUCUUCCACCAUUCUGGAACCACAUUCUUCGAAGAUGGAUACGUACAACAAUACCCAGACAUUGCAGAGAAAUGGCCUGAGAUCCAGGGAGCCAUUUCUAACUUUGUCGGCCGCUCCUAUAGAUAUUAUUAUAUUGACUCAAUGUAA